AUGCGCAUCGAACAAAAUGGGUCAUCGGACAUUUUAUUAACACGAAUUCUCGCAUUUGAAGAAUAAAAAUAGUAUUUUUAACUUUGGAGUUGCAUUAACGGUUGUUUCGUCUUUCUUAUGACCUUCAUUAGAUUGCGGCUCUCCCAAUAGAUGACGGAAAAAAAGUUCGACGACAUUUGUGGAUCAUUUGUCUUCGGCGGGGAAUGCAGGAGAGCAAGAUGUCCGUGAAAGACUUUUCGAAAGUAUUGCUGCACUAAGAGAUUUCUUAAAAACGAGGAUUACUUCGGUCUCAAAUUAAACGAAAUGAGACUCCUGAUCUGGAUUCCAAGAUGGAUCAUUACGCUGCUGUUGCUGACCAACAUACACGUAGAUUCUCACAUGCUUCACUACUUACAUCUGAAAAAAUUCCUGACGGCGGUGGCAUUUGCAAGAGCUCUUGGCAAGAGGCCGACCAUCCUGCCCAUCCCUGUGCCAAUACCCAUUCCUAUAGCACAAAACGAAGUCAUCAGAAUCCCAAUAGCAGGAGGAGGGAAAACAAUGGUUCUAGAUGGUAACAAGGGAGACAAUAAGGGGAUAUCCCAAAUUCUCGGAAGUGGAGCGCCACCCAUCGACUUCACGGGGUCCUCGUCGUACGGCUAUGCGAUGCCAGGCAUUAGUAUUCCUAAUGUCAUCAACUUGUCUUCCAUGAAAGCGAGUGACAGCAACGUGGUCAGUCUGGCAUCUGGAUUGGGUGGGAGCACCAAUGGCGAGUCCCCUCGCAUCAUAGUGUUGGGAGGACAAAGCUCUGGAAAUGCUUUGAAUUCGCUGGUUUCAGGGAGUGCCCCAUCUGUCAUCAGACUGAACGAUAUUGGCUCUUCGAACAUUCAAUUAGGUGCAGGAAGCAUGAACCCUUUCGGCUUGGGUGGCAGUGGAUUGAUCCGCGGUGCGAGAGGAAUGAACAAUUUCGGCGAUUUAGAUUCAUCUUUUAGCAUUAAGAACCCUUCCAUAUUUCAGAGACCAUACAACGUUUAUUCGGAUAAGCCGAGAAGAAAAUUUCCCUUAAAAUUUCGCGGGCGAAGAACCUACAAUAAUAUUCCAGAAUCCCACAAUCAGAAGUACAGAGAAAAAACUUACGACUACAGAUACGUAUCAUCUCAAGAAGAACGUCGACCAUAUAAUGUGCCUGAAUCCUUCACCGAAGAAAAGUAUAAGAAACCCAUUCCAGUUGGAGAAAAAUUUACUUUCAGACCUUGAUUUAUAUUAUUUAACAUGAAAGUUUCUUCAUGCACCUUAUAUAAAAAGAAUUGAAAUUAUUAAUAUUCUCCAGGACGUUCCUAGAAUAAAUGUAACGAUUAUAUAUAUAUAUAUAUAUAUAUAUAUAUAUAUAUAUAAAACCCAGAUAUUAUCCUAAAUUAAAAAUAUUAAUGAGAAAGAUGUUAAACCUUGCAAUUUCAGUUAUAGUUCAAUACUUUCCAUUCGGUUGCUCAAUUUAAGUCUAAGUAGAGUAACAGUAAUAAAAAAAGGUCUCACAAUAAUUCAGUUAGAAAGGCAUAAAAGAUAUCAAGUUAUUAUACUAUUUGCAGGGAAUUCUGUUGUCUAUGAACCCAAAUCUGGAAAUGAGAAAUGAAACUGUAUAUAUGAUCAUCAUCUCAUCAAUAAAUGUGUUUGAUUAUUUUGUUACAUUCUACAAGGGAACUUUACACUUCUGUAAACUUCCAUAAGGUCUCAGAAGUUUAGGCAAAAUAUUAUAGCAAUCAAUGGUUGCAGUAUGCAGGCAUACAGGAAAAAAAAAAAAAAAAAAAUUAUGAAACUGAAAAAAAGUUUGCGUUUAAAUCUUUUUUAUAUCAUUUUUAUAUUUGAGAGAAAUUAAUGUCAUGGAUUUUUAUUUAACAAUCACUAAGUUAUGUCAGAAGAAUUUCUGGCUGAAUAUAACAUUCAUCAUCUACACGAAUUUAAAAGUCAACAGAAGUUGCAAGUAUUGUG